UACCAUCGAAGCAAGCAUAAUGCAAACACCAGCGAGAAAUAGACGCGCAUUGAGGAGCCAACUUAGAAGAGCUGUGCUGGCAGCAGUUGAAGUGUGCAGAGAAAUGAUCCAGGAGGAGAUCGACGAUCUCGAAGGAAACACCCACCGGCCGUGGGUGCGCCAGUGGAUUUCCCAACGACGCGUUGCAGGGGCAUCCGCCGUUCUGCUGCCAGAGUUAUCAGCGGAAAAUCACCAGGAAUACAGAAAUCAUCUGCGCUUGUCACCGAUUCAACUGGAGCAGCUUCUGACGGCGGUGCAGCCCAGGAUACAAAGGCAGUACACCCUCUUUCGCGAUCCGUUGCUUGCCCGCGAAAAAUUAGAAUCUACAUUAUACUAUUUAGCUACGGGGUGCAGCUUUAGAACAAUAGAGCAGAUAUUCCGGAUACCUAAAUCAACUUUUUCAAUGCUGCUCCCCGAAGUUUGCGAUGCAAUUUUCAUCGCGCUCAAGGAGUUCAUAAAGGUUCCGAGUGGUCCCGCCGAGUGGAGGCAGAUCGCCCAAGGAUUCCACGAGCGAUGGAAUUUCCCGGGGUGCUGUGGAGCCAUCGACACAACCAAGCCCCGCCAAACUCAGGGACACAAUUUUAUAAUUAUCGAGGGACAAAUUCCAUAG